AUGGGUGAAGCAACGAAAAUAUUUUUCUUGUUACUUAACAAAAAUUUUUUAGUAAGAAAAAAACAUUGGGUACAAUCAAUUUUUGUACAAAUUAUCAUUCCAAUUUUGUUAUUUUUAAUUGGAGAAAAUAUCCAAUUAAUGAUCGAUAGUACACCUACACGUAUACCUUACAAUUCAUAUUAUGAAAUUCGAACUCAAUCUAACUUAUUGAAGGAUGUUUCAAUUUCUGGAACGUUUAUUAAGUAUACACCCCAGAAUAAUUUUACUAAAAAACUCAUGGAAGCCACAAGGAAUUGUCUUAAAUUAAAAGAUUCAGAUGUUGUUGGGUCAAAAGAUGAAGAUUCUUUGAUUGCUGAACUUCAACGCGAUUUUUCAACAUCGGACGUUGCACCACAAUGUGUUGGUGUAAUUUUUAAUUCACAAGAAAACAGUACACGUUUAAAAUAUAAACUACGAGUAUCCUCUUUGAUGCCAUCCGAGUUAUUUGAUUCACAAGAAAAUAGCGAUCUAGCUAAUAUUCAAUUUUUAAAAGCACCAUUAAUUCAAGUCCAAAUGUGUUUAGACCAAGCUUAUAUUGAUUAUGUUGUACCAAACCCUAAAUUUAAUCGUUCAGAGCUAACAAUACAACAAAUGCCAUAUCCACCCUAUAUUAAAGUUGAUAAAGAUGCUGUUAUUACUGGAGAUACAUUUGCGGAACUAGCUCGACUGGUAUUUCUUAUAAUAUUGUGUAUAGAAAUAUCAUUUCCAGCCAAUGAAAAAUAUAUCGGAAUCAAUAUUCUUAUGUCAGUGAAUGGCUUAAAAACUUCUAUAAAUAUGUUAAGUUGGUUAAUAAGUGGAGCAUUAUACAGUACAACUUACUUAUUACCGAUAGUUGUGCUUUUAAAACACUUUAUGCCUCCCAGAGUAAAGCCUUUUUUACUUUAUGGUAAUGCCUUCAUUGUGUGGAUUGCGUUAUUUUUACACACAUGUCAUGUCAUUGCAUUUGGCUAUCAUAUUUCAUCAUAUUUCUGGAAACCUUCUCAUGGAAUAUUCAUGACUUUCAUGGUUACAACGCUUAUGAAUAUUUUAGCUGUUUUUGUACAUGGAUAUACAAUUGAACGGUUUUUUUUAUAUGCCGGAAUUUUAUCUCCGAAUUUCAUAUUGAAAAAAAUAUUUGCCGAACUUACAGACUCCGAGAGUAAAUUGACUGGUAUCAAUUGGUUUAAUUUGUUUAAAACAAGUUCGACUACGGGAGCUCCUGAAGGAAGUAUUGGAGUUUUGAUGAUUUUUUCAAUAAUAGGUAUUAUUUUUCAUUUUUACAUGACUCUCUACGUGUAUAAUGUCCGUCCUGGAAAAUAUGGAAUUCAGCGUAGUCCAUUUUAUUGUUUCCAGCGAAAAAGGUUGAAUAAAAUAGAUAAUGAAGAAGAUCUAGAUGGUUUUAAUAAUACUAAUGUUGAUAGAAAAGAAUUUGAAGUAGUACCUAAAGGUAGUCUCGUAUCAGGUAUCAAGAUUCGGGAGUUGAAAAAAGUCUAUACAACAGAUUGGUUUCGAAAUACAAAAGUUCAUGCAUUAAAAGGUAUAUCAUUAGACUUUUAUAAAAGUCAAAUAACUGCUUUACUUGGUCAUAAUGGCGCUGGUAAAACUACUAUGAUGUCGAUUUUAUCUGGACUAACUGAUUCGUCUGAAGGAGUUAUAUUCAUAAAUGGGCAAAAUAUUUCAACUAAUCCAAAGGUAAUUAGUAACAAUAUUGGAUUAUGUCCUCAAGAAAAUAUGGUAUUUCCAGAUUUAAAUGUUCAUCAACAAUUGAUGUUUUUUGGUACAUUAAAAGGAAAAACAAAAUCAAAAGCACAGUUAAGGGAAGAAGUGAAAAUAUUAUUAGCUAAAGUAAAUUUGACCGAUAAAAAAUACGCGUUUCCUAAUCAACUUUCUGGUGGUCAGAAAAGACGAUUAUGUUUAGCGAUGGCAGUAAUUGGUGAUGCAAAUGUAUUAAUCUUGGAUGAACCAACGUCAGGUAUGGAUGCUGAAAGUAAGCGAGAAGUUUGGGAUAUUAUAUUAAAAAUGCGAGGUGAAAAAACAAUAAUAAUUAGUACUCAUGAUAUGGAAGAAGCUGAUAUAUUGGGUGAUCGGAUAUCAAUUAUGCAUUCUGGUAACGUAAAAUGUUAUGGUACAUCAAUGUUUUUAAAAAAUUUGUACGGAAAUGGUCAAAUUGAAAUAACUUUAUCGACUGAACAAUGGUUUGAUGUAAGAAAUGUUUCAAAUGAAAUCGGAAUUAUAGUAGAAGUCUUGAAUCAAAAUGAUGGGAAAACAGUAUUAACUGUUCCGCGUGUUAAUAAGUUGCCGCAAGCAUUGGAUAAGUUAGAAGCAUCCAAAAAAAAAUUAGGAAUCACAGGUAUAAGCGUAUCUAUGAUAACUUUAGAACAAGUAUUUUUGCAAGUCACUCGAGAAAAUAGUGACGUUGUUGAUUCAAGUGAUUCAAUCGGAUCCUUCAAGAAAUCUCAAGGUUUUGCUUUUUACAUACAAACUUUUAUGGCAUUUUUAGUGAAAAAAAUCAUAUUUGCUCGUAAAAAUCCCUGGAAUUUUUUGAUAAGUUUAAUACUUCCAUGCUUGGCGGCAGUAUUAAUUUUGUUAGAUCAUGGAGUUUCUUCUGGUUCUAAUAAAUUCACACCUUUGACUUUGGAUAAUUAUCAACAUUCAACUGCUUUUGUUUACGCAGAAAAUGAUACAUUUAGUAGCAAGUACAAAGACACUAUUGAGUACUAUCGCAGUAAUGCAAUUAUUGCCCCAAGAAAUAUAAGUCUCACGGAUACUUUAUUAAUGUUAGCUAAUAAUGAUUUGAGUACUUAUCGCAAUAAAUUAAUAGUAUCAGCUGAAUUCAAUGGGACCAAUAACAUUUCAGCUAAUGGUUUUUACUCCGGAAGUGCUCUUCUUAGUAUACCAAUUACUAUAAAUUGCAUUACUAAUACAUUAUUAAAAGCACUUACUGAAGAUAGUUCCUAUGGUAUCGAAACAUCUGCACAAUCACUUCCAGAUAUCGAUAAAUUAAAACAACCACCGAUGCUAAAUACUGAUGUUACUCUUUCUAUGAUCGUAUUUUUAGCUCCAGCAAUAGCCAUGUAUGUUACACAACCCUUAACAGAAUCAUUGUCAGGAAUAAAACAAUUACAACUGAUGACUGGUGCCCCUACAUUGAUGUACUGGGCAGCAACAUUCCUUUUCGAUUUAAUACAAUACAUUGUUUCUGUGUUACUACUUUUAGCAACAUUUAUUUUUAUUGACAAGACAUUAGGAACUGAGUAUUAUCAUUUAGAGGAAAUUGGAAUUUUCGUAGGAUUGCUACUAUUAUUUGGAAUUAGUGUACUGCCUUUUGUUUAUUUGACAAGUUUUUUGAAAAAAACGUUAAAUUCAACCAUCAUUGCUUUGUGUGUGGCGCCAUUAGUACUAACUGCUGUGGAAUUAAUAUUAUUUGCUUUUUCGAUGGAAGUAAAACACGAUGCAUUUAAAAUAUUCCGGAAAAUUCAAAGUAACUUAUUUUUACUCAUUCCUCAUGUGAGUUUUAUUUAUGGACACCUUUCAUUCCAUAACUCUUUGAUUCAAAAUGCGCGAUGUCGGCGAAUGCCUAAUAAAUUAUUGGAAGUUUCUUGUAUAAAUGGUUUCGAUCCAUGUUGUGGUAUGGAUUGUUUUAACGGUGUAUGUAAAAAACCAAUGUCUUAUUUUGAUGAUUUAUUUGACAUACUUCCAAGUCUUCGGAAAAGUAUGGCCUAUCUUACCUGUUUACCUGUCAUUUUCUUUACGGUCAUUGCUUUGUUAGAAAUGAAAAUUUUCGCUGAAUUAACUGCAAUGUUCAGACGACGAAAAACAAAUAAAAGUUCUAUUAUUGGAAUAGAUGAAAUGGUAUUAAAGGAAAAAUCUAUUGUGUUUGAAGAGAUUUCGAAACUUAUGAGAAAACAAAAGAAUCAAAUAUAUCAAAGUGAGAAUAUAUUUCUUGUUCAAGAACUAGAAAAAUAUUACGGAAAUUUCCAAGCUGUUAAAGGGAUUAAUUUCAGAGUUAAAGAAGGUGAAUGUUUUGGUUUAUUAGGCGUAAAUGGUGCAGGGAAAAGUACAACUUUUCGAAUGUUAACUGGUGCUUCAAUAAAAACUAAUGGAUCAAUGUAUUUAAAAGACAAUAAUAUUUCAACGGAGCGGAUAAAGUAUCUCAUGCAAAUGGGAUACUGUCCGCAACAAGAUGCUAUAAUUGAUACUUUUAAUUCAUGGGAUCAUUUGUAUUUGUUUGCUAAACUUCGAGGAAUACCUAGUUCUCAAAUUGAUUCAAUAGUAAAAAAAUGGAUUUUGAAACUUAAUUUGACGGCCUGUGCCAAUCAGCCCAGUGUUACCUACAGUGGUGGGAAUAAACGCAGAUUAAAUAUUGCUAUGGCGUUGAUGGGUAACCCGCCACUUGUAUUACUGGAUGAACCUACAACUGGCGUUGAUCCUGCAGCAAGGAGAUCUUUAUGGAAUACACUUAAGUCAUGUCAAAAUAUUGGUCAGUCAAUAAUAUUGACUUCACACAGUAUGGAAGAAUGUGAAGUACUUUGUAAUCGCUUAGUAAUCAUGGUAGGAGGAAAAAUAGUUUGUAUUGGAGCUAGUCAAGAAUUAAAACAACGAUUCGGAGCUGGUUACAAUAUUCAUAUAAAACUUUUACCAGAUCAUAAUAAUUCAGAUAUUGAAACAAUAAAAUUAAAACUAGAGUCUAAUUUUCCAUGUAAACUUACGGACGAGAACAAUGGAUUUCUCGGUUAUCACAUAACUGAUCCCGACGUUACAUGGACCGCUAUGUAUACAGUUAUGAAUGAACUGAAAAAUAAUAUCGACUGCAUUGAAGACUUUGUUGUACUAUCUUCAACAUUAGAACAAUUAUUUAUACAAUUUGCUCGAGCACCGACUGAAACCAGUGAUUGUCAAUUGAAUGGCGUUGUAUCUGAGUCAUGGAAGCAAUACAAUAAUGAAUCGGCGUUUUAGUCACCUAUUUAUUAUUUGUAAAAUAGUAUUAAUUCAAUCACCACUUAAAUGAAAAUAAUUUCUAAUUCAUAGGAAUUUACUAAUAUUUUUUAUAUAUUUCAUAUUAUAAUGUAUACGCAUUGAAAAUAUUGAGUUGGAGAAACAAUUUUAAGCAAAACAAAAUAUUUCAAUUUUGCUCACCGUUUUAAUUUUUUGAUUAAAAAAAAUAUGAAAAAUCGUUAAUUCGUCUACAUACACUAUUUGCUAUAUCGAUUAAUAAAAUUAAUGUUGAAAGCAUUCAACAGAAAGAUUCAAACUGAAAAGGAAUAAUCACUAAAAAUUUUCUAGUUGAAUUUUGAAUUUAAAAAAUCAAACUGUGCUCUGUUAACAAAUUUAUGAUUAAAAAGAAAUUUUUUGUCAUUUAUUUCAUUGGUUUUAACUUCUUUGAGAAUUAAAUGCUU